UGCCGUCGUCCCCCUCCACAGCUCUCCAGCUCGAGCUCGCAAGCAGGGAAAGCGAGGCCGGAGCGGGAGCAGGCGGAGGCGGAGACCACCGGAGAGCAGGACGGGGAGAGAUGUCGGCGGGGCUGGUGACAGAGGAGGCGAUGGUGGGGCGGCUGGUGCGGAUCCGGCGGACGGUGAUGCAGAUGCUGCGGGACAGAGGGUACCUGGUGGUGGAGCACGAGCUGGCCAUGGGCCGCCGCGACUUCCUCCGCAAGUUCGGCGAGUCCUUCCACCGCGAGGACCUCCUCAUCAACAAGUACAAGAAGAACGAUCCCUCCGACCAGAUAUACGUGUUCUUCCCUAACGAUGACAAGGUGGGAAUGAAGCACAUAAAGAAGUACGUCGAAAUGAUGAAAGCUGAGAACGUCUCCAGAGCCGUGCUGGUUCUUCAACAGAACCUCACUCCGUUUGCAAGGUCAUUUCUUCAGGAACUAGAGCCAAAGAUCCACUUGGAAAUUUUCCAGGAAGCCGAAUUGCUCAUAAAUAUCAAGGAACAUGUUCUCAUUCCUGAACAUCAAGUGCUUACCAAUGAGGAAAAAAAGACUUUACUGGAGCGGUACACUCUAAAGGAAACUCAGCUUCCAAGAAUACAAAUUACGGAUCCUAUUGCAAGGUACUAUGGCCUUAGACGAGGACAGGUUGUGAAGAUCAUCAGGCCCAGCGAGACAGCCGGCAGAUAUGUUACAUACCGCUAUGUUGUAUGAUAGCACACAAGUGAGAUGGAGAGCACCAUAAAGCUGGUGAUUUUUGCAGGUAUACAUACAUGCCCAUAUGCCCGGGGAUAUCACAUUGUUAUGGAGCAGCCAUGUUAAUGAUCCCAUGGCUGUUAUGUAAGUAAACUAUUGUGAGUUAAGCAUAUGGAAAUCCUCAUGUUGUACUCUCGUGUCAACAACUGUAUAAACAUUACAGAAUAAAAACACCAGUUUUCAGAGGUUCA